ACAACGUGUUCCGUUUGUUAACAGCGUCAAGUGUAAUGUUAGUGCACUAUUUUUAUGUCAUAACUAUGAUAUAAGAUUGUUAAAAACAAUGAAUUUCAACAAUAAACACAGAAAAAACGAUCGACAUCAAAAGGAGCCAGUGAAAAAUGGCAAGGUUAAAAAGCCAUUCGAUAAAAAAGCGUUCAGAGAGAAAAUGUAUAGCAAAAACCAUAAAAUACUUCAAUGGGAAAAUCAAAGACGAAAACAAAUUCUCCAGGAGUUGGGACAGGAAGUUUCGUUACAUCAAAGAAAUAAACGUAAAGACUUGAACGAAUCUGUUGCAGUUAAUGAUAAUAAACAAUUUAAGUUUAAAAAAAGUGCCAGAGCGGUUGCAAAACGAGAAGAGAAACUGAAUCGAUACAAUGAAAUGCGUAAAAAACAAGAAGAAAAAGCACAAGCUUUAGAAAAAUAUAAACAGAAGCGAACUGAAAAAUACAAAAAAUUAUCUAGGAAAACAAAAAAAGGACAACCUAUCAUGAAAGAUCGAAUAGAGAUGUUGCUCCAACAAAUUCAAUUAAGUCAAAGUUCACGUUAAAUUUAGAAAUUAUCUAAUUUAUUGUAUUUAAAAAUAAUUGAAUGAUAUUUUUAAUAAUAUAAUACACUCAUGAGUGUGAAUAUGAAAAAAUAUGAUUAAGUACGUAUGUACUUUAAGGAAACUUUUUUAUAGCAAUCAUGUAUUA